UCAGCUGAGAACUACUAUUCUAGACCAGGUCCAAUGGGCUAACCCAGUGCUUGGCUAGAAAUGCAGAAUCUCAGACACCCUCCCAGACCCACCAAACAAGUCUGCAUUUUGGAGGCAGAUGAAGCCCUGCUGAGUAACCUGCGCCUUCAGAUCGAAGCCCAGUUUCUGCAGGAUGACAUCAGUGCGGCCAAGGACAGGUACAAAAAGAACCUUCUGGAGAUUCAGACCUAUGUCAGCAUCCUGCAGCAGAUCAUCCAGACCACCCCGCAAGCAGCCGCCGUAACCAGUGGCAUGAGGGAGGCGAAGCUCUUGAUGGAAAGGGAGGUGGCCACCCUGCAGAGCCAGCUGGAGGACGGCCAAGAGGUGCUCUGCCUCCUGCAGGCCCAGAGAGCCGAGCUGCAGGCCCAGACGGCGGCCCUAGAACAGGCCAUCAGAGAUGCCCACGAGUGCUAUGAUGAAGAGAUUCAGCUCUACAACGAGCAGAUUGACACCCUGCGGAAGGAGAUUGAGGAGGCUGAGAGGAGCCUGGAGAGGUCAUCCUACGACUGCCGGCAGCUGGUGGUCGCCCAGCAGACCCUGAGGAAUGAGCUGGACCGGUAUCACCGGAUCAUCGAGAACGAAGGCAACAGGCUGAGCUCCGCCUUCAUUGAAACUCCGAUCACUCUGUACACCGUGAGCCACGGAGCCUCCCUCAGCCCUCGACACGGUGUGAAAGAUCUCGCCAGGGCUGUGCAGGAUAUAACAAUAGCAAAACCAAGACAAAAAGGCCUCCCCAAGAACGUUCCAAGGAAAAAGGAGAUUAUAGCGAAAGACAAAGCCGAUGCAAGUCUGGAAGAGGCACCACUGAGAGGUCCUGAAGACCCGAAGCCAGGGCAGGUGGUACUUAAAGAAGAGGGUGAAUCUAAGCUUGAAUCAGGGGAUGGAGAAGCAAGUCCCCCGACCAUGGACGGGGCUCCGGAGGAUGUCCCAGACGGAGGGAAGAUAAGCAAAGCCUUUGAAAAACUAGGCAAGAUGGUCAAGGAGAGGGUGAAAGGCCCCAAAGAACCCGAGCCCCCCGCUGACCUGUACACCAAGGGGCGGUAUGUGCUGGUCUCCGGAGAUGCCAAUUUCGUGGACCCAGGCUUCUGUUCCUUCUCCGUCCCGGCCAAAGGGGGCGUGGUGGUUUCCAAGGGGGACGACUCUGUGGCGCCUGACAGCCACGUGGAGCCCUCUCCCCAGCAGCCAGAGCCCCCUCUGGAGGACGGAGAGGGGCCUCUCCAGGGGAAAGAUGGUCUGGAGGAUGGACAGGGGCCUCCCCAGGGCAAAGAAGAUGGUCUGGAGGACGGAGAGGGGCCUCCCCAGGGGAAAGAUGGUCUGGAGGAUGGACAGGGGCCUCCCCAGGGGAAAGAAGAUGGUCUGGAGGAUGGACAAGGGCCUCCCCAGGAGAAAGAAGAUGGACACCCCUCUACCCCGCACACUGUAGACAAGGGGGAUGAGAUGAAUGCCGAAGAACUGAAGGGCCCCCAGUGGAAACAGAAUGGCCAGAAGGAGGAGGAGGGGGCCAGGGAGCCCUGUGUCACAGUCUCUCCUGGUCCAGAGGGGCCGUCUACACCCCAGUCUCAAGGGCCUCAGGUCACUCAGGGUGGGUCCGACGGGCCUGGAGCUUGGAGCAGCAGCCUGCCGGCGAGAAGCCCUCCCAGGACGCUGGCCUAUGAGAAGGUGGAGGUGAUGGAAUCUAUUGAGAAGUUCUCCACCGACAGCAUCCAGACAUACGAAGAGACUGCUGUAAUCGUGGAGACCGUGAUCGAAAACACGAAGGCAAACAAGGAGAAGCUGGAGGAGAAGUGCUCUUCCAAUGCCUAGGCUCGAGGGGAGAAAGCGCCUUUGGGCCACUGUUGGGAAGUGCUUUGAUAUUUUAGGACAAACCAUACAAGACUGAGGGUUCUUGUUUGGAUUAGACCAUAGUUGGCCUGUCUGGCUUGCCAGUGAAGCCUUAAUUAAAACGUUUUCUUUGCUUGCA